UGGAAGAUGUAUCUGCUUUAUACUUUCCUUGUUUUGCUCUCUCUUAGCUAUGGUUUUGAUCCUAACUGUCCUGGAAGAUGCAGCUGUGAUUCAGAGAUGUCUGUGCAAUGCUACAGGCUAUUGGAGGUACCAUCGGGUAUUCCUUCCACCACCAAGAAGCUCUACAUCAGCCACAGCAAAAUUCAACACCUUCAGCUAUCUAACUUCACCCAAAUGCUGGCUCUAGAAGAUUUUAUUUUGCUGGCCAGUGGAACAGAGUCAGUAGAAAAUGACACUUUCAAAACUCUGAGUACUUUAAAGACCUUGGAACUCUGGAAAAAUAAGUUAAGACGAAUCCCCGGUGCACUCCCGGCCAGUCUUGAAGUGUUAAAACUCAAUGAUAAUUCAAUAUCUGUCCUUCACAGAUCUGAUUUUGAAGGACUGAAGAAAUUAACAAUCCUUGAACUUAAAAACAAUCUGAUCUCUUCCCUCUCUCCCAGCACACUCUCCUCUCUGGUCAGUUUGCAAAGCUUGGUGUUAGAUGGCAACAGUAUUGAGACUGUAGAGGGACCACUGGCACUUUCCCACCUGACACACAUGAGCAUGGAGAACAAUAAGCUACAUCUCCUGCCCGCUGGCUUCUUCACUUCUCUUCAGUCUUUGCAAUUCCUCAGUCUCAGUAGUAACUUUCUGACUCAAAUUCCUAUUAAUCUGCCCAAAUCCUUGCUCUCUUUAAAAAUGGAGAGAAACCGGCUAAAAGUGGUAAGUUUCGAAGAUCUGAAACACUUGGAGAAUCUUUCCCAUCUUUACCUGUCAGAAAACUCACUCUCUUCCUUUGAUGGGGCACAGCUCCUUGCCAAUUUAACUAUUCUGGAGUUGUCCCAAAACCAGCUGCAAAUGCUGCCCCUCAGACUACCAGCAAGGCUACAAAAACUUGAUAUCAGCAAUAACCUGAUUCAGAAAGUUACAGCGCAAGAUUUCCAGGACCUCCGAGAUCUGAAACAUUUGUUUCUGGACAACAACAUUGUCAGCCUGUUUGAAGCUGGAGCCCUGCAGAGGUGUUCCCAGCUCUCCAACCUCGCCUUGGAGCAGAACCUGCUCUUGUCUAUCCCGCUAAGGCUCCCAGGAACUUUAGCCAGGCUGGACCUAAAAGGUAAUGCCAUCCAGGAUAUUGCUGAGAGGGAGCUCAAGGAUCUGAAGCAGCUUCAGGUUCUAAACCUGAGGAACAACAAGAUCUCUGCCUUGGAUCUCAAGGCCUUGGAGGUGCUGCCUCGCCUCAGGUACCUGUAUCUGGAUGGAAAUCCAUGGAAUUGCACCUGCAGUCUCCUAAGAGCCAGGGAGGUCCUGAAGGCCAAGGGCACAGAUGUGAGGGGAGGACGGUGUGCAGCACCAGCUGAACGACAAGGGGAGAACUGGAUGUCCUCCAAGAAGAUCAUGAGGCAAUGUGAGCAUCACUUACAUCUGACUGAGAAAAACAAGGAGACCAAAAAGAAGCCCAAGCCUGAAGAGCACUCCAGCAUCAGAAUCAACAUGGAUGAUGAUUAUUAUGAUUAUGAGAUAGAUUAA